CCAAACCCAGCAAAUUCUUCAACCACCCUGUUGCAAUAAAACUUCACAAACAACAAACUUUUUCUUUUAUUAUUUGAUUAUUAUUGUUUAGUAGUAUAAUGUAAGCUACAUUAGGUGUAAAAUUGCAUUUGGUAACCAAUUAAUUAAGCCGUUGAUCUUUCGCUUUCUAUAUUUGAUGAAUGUCUCAUUCCACUCACUUUGAAGCAACCCUUUUGAACUCUUUCUUUCUUUCUUAAGCUAUUUUGCUAUGUUGGGUUUUGUUUUAUUGUCUAUAAUCAGUUUUAACUGAGAAGUGUGUUUUUGAAUUGGAGUUGACUUUUUUGGAAUUUUAUAUGGUUGACUUUCAAAGAUUGGAACUUUUGCUGUUUCAGAGGAGAAUGUGGCAUGAAAAUUUGUUCCAUGUUGUAUUUGGUUGUUGGGUUGUUCUGUUUUUACUUUGUCCUGUGUCUGGUCUCAGACCCUUAAGGGAUGAUCAGUUUCGAUUAACAAGAAAGGACGAAAGUGUCGUAGGUCCAUUUUCAGAAUGGAACAUAACAGGAACAUACAAAGGGACUUGGAAAUUUUUAGAUACCGCAAACAGCUCCUCAAGAUUUCCAGACACCGGAAGAACAAAUGGCAAUUCCAUAAUCACAUUAAGUAGUACACGUACGACGAUAACUGGAGUACAUUAUGUCCAUGGAAUAGUUAUAUUCGAUGAUUUGUUUGACAACGAGCAUGGUGAUGGUGGUGCUCAAAUCAGCUUUGAAGGUGUAUACAUAUGGCCUUUUAAACAGCUCAGAAUGGUAACAAACAGUGGAAAAGAAGGAGAGUUGAAUCAGUAUGAAGAUUAUAUUUUACCGAAUCCAUAUCGUCUUCUUGCAGCUUUCUCAUCUCAGACACUGCAAGGUUCGUCGCGAGAUAAGAUGUGGAGAAGAAAACAUUCUAUGAUGCAUGAAUUGGAGAAACAUUGUAAUGCCGAAAUUUCUGCGACGGUUUCACACUUGCCAUCAUCAAAAAAUGAAAGCGAGCAAGACCAUUUUUCUCUCGAAGGGUUAAUGAAGAGUCCUCCGGUGGAUGAUGGCGCGAACUGCUUGUCACCGUUACUAUUAAAUGCGACUUCUGUUAUAAGAAUUGAUGUCGACUAUAACAAAGCAGUCUACUAUACUUUGAUGGUUACUUUUGUCUCUUCCUUGCAAGUUCUUCUGUUGAAUCGUCAAAUCAUGCAUAGCGGCACUCAAUCUGGAGCUGCUAAGGUGUCGAUACUAAUGAUUGGUCAACAGGCGUUAAUGGAUGCCCAUUUUACCCUUUUACAUCUGACUAUAGGAAUGAUAGUUGAAUCCUUGUUAAUUGCUUUUGCAACGGUUGCAUUUUUCAAGUUUGUGCUAUUCUCAAUUUUUGAGACGAGAUAUCUCGUUGCCAUUUGGAAGGCAGGUAGUAGGUCUUUGAUUAACGCAGAAGGUUACGAGGCUCCGAGGCAUGAAAUGUGGCGUGAGCUUUCACUUUUACACAGUUGUUUAUAUGGGACACUGUUAAUGGCAGGCAUUAUAAGCAUGUAUGAGUUACAUAAUCAUAUGAAACUGAUUCUUCUUCUUAUGUAUACCUUUUGGAUACCUCAGAUAAUCCGCAAUGUUUUUCAUGAUUCACGCAAACCUUUGGAUCCUCAUUAUAUAUUAGGAAUAACUGUUACUCGGCUCGCAAUCCCAUUAUAUAUAUUUGGUUUCCCGAACAACUUCAUGCACAUCGAACCAGACAAGAACUGGUGUGUUUGUUUGACAGUGUUUCUUGGGCUUCAAGCUGUGUUUCUUCUCCUUCAGCACUAUCUUGGACCGCGUUGGUUCAUUCCUCGUCAGAUGCUACCUGAGAAAUACAACUAUCAUAGGAAGUUUGAUCAUACUAAAAGACAUGCUACAGAAUGUGUUAUUUGCAUGACAGACAUUGAUCUUUUUCGCAGAACUAGUGAUUGCAUGGUGACACCUUGUGAUCAUUUCUUCCAUUCUGGUUGCUUGCAAAUAUGGAUGGAUAUAAAGAUGGAGUGUCCAACUUGCCGUCGCGCUUUACCAUCUGCUUAGUGAGCCUUUUAGUGUUAAUAUCAAUAGGAUUAACUCAACAUGGUCAUUCUAUAGUUCAUCAAUACUCACUCUCUCUGGACUUGAUUAUAAGUAGAAGUAACUAAUUACACACAGGUUUUUAUUUUUUUUUUAAACAAUUACACACAGGUUAAAAAUAGUACUAGUAGUUAACUUCAUUUAAAUUUUUGGAUGUAAUCAAAAAGUGAUUGCAUUUUCUUAAUUACCCUUUUGUUUCAUUUAAUUUUGUAUUGGAAUAUGUUUCAUUGAACGAUGUUUUGAGAAUAAUAGAAAUUAAUACAAUUAAGUUACUUAGAUUUUACAUAUAUGAUGAUUUUGUUUAUAUUUGUUC